UCUAAACAUUUAAAAUAAUCAUUUAUCUCAAAAUUAAAACAACAUCUAUAGUCACUACACCACUCUCCAUAUAAAUUUUUUUGAUUCAGCAUACAAUUAAAUCAAAAUUUCAAGUUUUCGACGGCUCAAACCAAUAAGGUGGAUGACACAUCUUUAGAAAUCUUUCAAACAAAAGCAUGAUUGAAUGGUGGAUGUUCAUUUGUGGUUAAUGGAGAGCAGUAUCUUGAAAUAAACUUCCACUUUGAUUUGCAACUCUCUGAAAAAAUCAAUUUAACUUCACAGCUUUGGACAAAUUUCUAAUCACCAAUGCCUCCCAUCCAGGCAUCUAGUCCAAGAAGCCUGCAUUCUUAUAGCUCUCCACAGAUUCCACAAGAGUUUCUUGUAGUGCACGGUAACUCCAUCCUAGCCUCUGCAAUUUUUUCGAGCUGGUUUCUUUCUUUUCCUGUCCCUCCUCAAUAAAGCUGCCAAAAAAAAGAAAAGAAAAAAACGUUUCAAACUGCAAUUUGAACUAUGCUCUUUCCAAACCAAACCAAACUGGGAACAAGCGUAUGCAUGAGCACCGAACCUCAGUUUAUUGUUGAAAUAUGUAAUGCUAUGGGCUUUAUUGUAAAUAGUAAGUUUGUAGGGACAAAAAAGGAUAUUUGGCAUGCAGCCCUUGUGGUUAGGGUUAGCAUGCACGUUGGUUAUAAAGCCUAGCGUUUAGGCUUUGUAGCUAAUUACGUAAUAAGAGGACGAUUAGCCACCGUGGAUGUAAAGUCUCUCUGAGAGGCCGAACCACGUUAAAAAUCUCGUGUUAUUUAUGAUUUUGCACCUUUAUUCGUGAUUGUUUAACAUAGUAUCAGAGCCGUGCAGGGCAUAUUGUGUUUGAAAUUUCGUGUUUGGAGUUUUGGCAUCCCUAGCAGCGUCAGUUCGUGAUUGGAAGCUUCGGGGUCUCUAUAUUUGUUAAUUGGUUGCUGCUUGGAUUUCUCUAUAAUUGGCUUCGGUGGGGUUUUUAUUUGUUCGUCGCUGCUCCGCUUCUCGCCACUGCUGCUGCUCGACUUCGUGUAUCACAGGUGGGGUUAUAUUUUUGUCAUCGAGCUUCUUCUUGCGCAGCUGUGAUCUGGGUUUUCGAGUUCUGCUUCUAGUUGUGCGCUUCGGGUCCUGCUUUUCUUGUGGACGUUCUCGGUCUUCCUUUCUCGCCGACUCUCGCUAUUUGUUUCGGUCUGCCAUGGACGAUUCGAAGGAAUCAAUUUCCACGCGUUUGAAUGGAAAGAAUUUCCCUCUCUGGGAAUUUCAAUUCCGCAUUUUUGUCGAGGGUAAGAGGAUGUUCUCGUACUUGGACGGGACGGCGGCCAAACCUUUGCCUUCUGCCUCUGAUAAGGAGCAAGCUAAUUGGGCAGUUAAUAAUGCCCAAGUAAUUACUUGGAUUCUUGGCGCUGUUGAUCCGAAUAUUGUCUUAGGACUUCAUUCGUUUUCCACAGCUCAUGCUAUGUGGACUCAUCUCUGUACGCUCUAUUCUCAAUAGAGCGCGUCUCGUCAGUUUGAAAUCUCCCAGGCUCUUGCUCUUCUCCAUCAGGGACAUUCGGACAUUCAUACAUACUACCAAGUCGCCUUGCACCUAUGGACUGAAGAGGAUAUGCUCUUCGCAGCACUUACCAAGGGCGAGAUUCCUCCGGCCAUGCUUGCAGAACGUCAGCGAACUCGGUUGAUGAACUUUCUUAUGAAGUUGCACUCGGACUUUGAACCACUCUGUGCUUCCUUGCUGCAUCUUAACGUGACUUCUAUGGAUGAUGCAUUGGCUGAACUUCUCCGUGAGGAGACUCGCUUGAGGAGCUUGAAUCAACUUACUCACUCCACCUCGGGUGGAGAAUCGGCGUUCGCUGUUGGACGGUCAGGUAAACCUCACUUUCAGAAACCUGUACCAGCGCAUGUUGAGUGUCACAAUUGUCAUGAAAAGGGACAUGUUCAGAUUUAUUGCAAGAAGAGAAAUUAUUGUAACUAUUGUAAAACUUUUGGGCAUAUCGUUCUUGAGUGUCCCACGUUGGCCAAGAGGAGUAAAUCGGGGGGUUCUCGCCCUCCUUCUUCUCCGGCUUACAGUGCUCCAGCUGCUGCGGGUCCUUCUGCUCCGCCUCCUCCUAUUGUACAGGCGUAUGGUGUGCAGCCUGCUGCAUCUCUUGCGCCAGGUGUUCUUGGAUCCGUCCCUGGUCAGCUCUCUAUGAACUCUGCUACUCUUGAACAAUUAGUGGAGGCGACAUUGCAAAAGGUUCUCCCAUCUGCACUUCAUUCAGUCUUUGCUACGCAUAAUCAUAUGUCGAGCUUGCAUGAUAAAUUUAUAAGUUUGCGCUCUAGUCCCACACUCGAACUCCAAGUGGCUAAUGGAUCUCGAAUUCCUGUUGGUGCGGUUGGUACUUGGUACUGUCAAACAGCUGAAUCUUCAUCUCCCUGAUACGUUAUAUGUUCCAGAUCUUGUUUCCAAUCUUGUUUCAGUGAGACAGUUGGCCGAAAAUGGUUGUCGUGUUGUGUUUGAUUCCGAUGGGUGUCUGGUGCAAGAUUGGAGAACAGGGAGGACAGUGGGUAAUGGGAGAUGGAGCGGAUGUACCUUCAUACUGGAUGCGUUGGACAGCGGAACUGGGCAAGGACGGGUCGUUCGCUCUGUCGAGUUUGGUGAUCAGAGGCAUGAUGGGAGUUCUUUUCGCAAUUGUACCAGUAGUUCAUUGUCGGACCGGAAUAGUUACUCUGUUUCUUCUUUGGAUUGGGAAUUAUGGCAUUGUCGAUUGGGCCAUCCUAACAAUGCCCGUUUGCAAACUAUGUUUCGUAAUAAAUUGCUCCCUGAUGUUUUGAAUUCUGCUUCGGUCCCUUCUCAUCUGUGUAUUAGUUGCAUCGAGGCGAAAACUAUACAGAGUUCUUUUAGCUCGAGCGACACCGUCUAUUCUGCACCUUUUGAUUUGGCCCAUACAGAUCUUUGGGGUCCAUCACAUGUCACUUCGAGAUUGGGAUAUCGUUACUUUGCGUUAUUCAUUGAUCAUGCGACACGCUAUACUUGGGUCUUCUUUUUGGAAACAGAAAUCUGAGUUGUGUACGAUUGCACAGGAGUUCAUCCAACUUGUUCGUACAAAAUUUGAUAAAACCAUUCGAGUAGUCCGUUCUGAUCCGGGCGGCGAGUUCAACUCGACCCCCUUGCUGAAUUUCUAUAAACAACACGACAUCAUUUCUCAAUUGUCGUGUCCCGGUGUAUCGCAGCAAAAUGGACUGGUGGAACGAAAACAUCGACACGUUCUUGAUCUUACUCGGGCUCUCCUCAUUCACUCUCAAGUUCCAUCCUCUUUCCGGGUUGAGGCGGUACACUCUGUUGUCUACUUGAUCAACUAACAGGUUAAUCCUGUGCUUGAACAACGAUCUCCAUUUCUCGCACUUUAUGGGAAGCAUCCUGACUAUGGCUGGUUGAAAGUAUUCGGUUGUACGUGUUAUGUUCUACUCCCUAAGAAAGAACGUACAAAAUUGGAUCCGAAGGUGGCUAAAUGUCUAUUUGUCGGAUAUAGUGACCGUUCAAAAGGAUACUUGUGUUAUGACACAGUAUCUCGUCGCAUGAGACUCUCGUGUCAUGUUGUUUUCGUGGAGAAUAUAUUGCAUUAUCGAGAUUUCAAGGCCCCUACAGCAAUGGACGUUGACUUCUUGAACUAUCUUCCUCUCGCUACUCUGCUGGACAGUUCAGGAUCGUCAAGUUCUUUGCCUUCGAGUGAUCCUGCCACCACCUCUUCUCUUCAGUCUACCUCAGCUACGAGUUCAUCGAAUUCGAGUGGCGAGUCCUCGCCUGGUCUAUCUAUGCAUGAACACUCACCUAGUACUCCUAGUCCAUCUACAGCGACCGCUUCAUCAUCGGGGUCAUCGGACUCUCCUGGCAGUUCACCAAGUCCAUCGCCCAAACCUGUGGUUCGUCGUCACUCUACACGAGCUAACUUUGGUCAUCCUCCAACUCGACACAAUGACUUUGUAUCCUUUUCCACUGAUCCAGCCUCGGUACAGAUUCCCACUUCUUACCGGCAAGCCCGUGGGCAUGCCUUUUGGGAUUCCGCCAUGCAAGAAGAAACCCGAGCCUUGAGGCUCAAAACACCUGGCAGCUGGUCCCUCGACCUCUAAAUCAAACUAUCGUCGGAUGUAGAUGGGUGUAUACUAUCAAGUUACAUCCUGAUGGCUCUCUUGACAGGUAUAAAGCUCGACUAGUUGCACAGGGGUUUAGUCAAGAGUUUGGCAUCGACUACGAUGAAACCUUUGCACCAGUCCCCAAGAUGCAAACUGUUCGUACUCUCUUAGUCGUAGCUGCUCUGAAUGGCUGGUCGUUAUCUCAGCUGGAUGUGAAGAAUGCAUUCUUACACGGCGAUUUAAAGGAAACCAUUUAUAUGGAACGACCUCCGGGAUAUGAUAAAGGUGAUGAUUCUAU